GUGUGUAAAAUUUUAAAUUAUAAUAACAAUGUUAAAACAAUUUACAAUUGCUUUUAUGAAAUCAGUUUUUUGUACAAUUGAAUAGCUUAUUUUAUUCUUAUCGUGUUGUUGUCUAAAACAUCUUUUUAUGAAAGAUUUUUUUUUAUACGUAAUAAUUAUGACUUGCAAAACUUUAAGUAUAUUUUAGGUACUUCACCUAAGUGGACAAAUUGAUAUAAUGUGUUAUGAAUUUAGAAAUAUUUCUAAGCAUACUCAUAAAUCUUCCCUAUCUUUAUUUGGAAUGCUGAUUGAGAAACAUAAGAAAAUUGUUUUAUUUUCAAAUAAUAUUGAAACAUUUUUCUCCUUUAUUGCGUUGAUGCAAGUUGUUUGGAAUACGUUAGUUAUUUGUUGUCUGGGAUUCAUUAUUAUAAUUUCUAUUCAUAAUCAAACUGGAAUUUUCAUAUUAGUAAAAACAAUUGGUGGUUACCUAGUUGUAAUGACUGAAGCUUUUGUCAUUUGCUCUGCUGGAGAAUAUCUUAGCUUAAAGAGUAAAUCAAUUGCCGAUGCGAUAUACGAAACGCUGUGGUAUAACAUGCCGUCACAUCAAAGUAAAGUUAUAUUUAUAAUAAUGAGAUCUCAGAAGCGAUUGACAAUCACGGCAGGAAAAAUGAUGGAUAUGUCAUUCGAAACUUUUACAAGUAUUAUGAAAGCGUCAGCAUCAUAUGUAUCUGUCCUAUACGCUAUGUAUUGAUACUAAAGAAAAUACUUUUGCUGAAAGAAUAACAUACUUGAUAAAUAUAUAAGUCA